ACAUUCAUUCUUGUCUAUGUCCUUUGUACUGUAUGAAAUAAUCGCAUUCUCCAUCCCCUGCACAGUGAUGAAAUAAAUGUAACCUUUUUUCAAGUGAUUGAGCCCCCAGAUCUCGAUUCGCAGCGUCAGUCCCGCGCCAAACCUUGGUUGACAGGACGCCGUUGACGAUGGCGACAGCUAAAAAUACUGCGCCGACACCUGCAGUAGUGGUCCCGAAACAGGGACUUGACCACUAACGGACGCUAACCUGCCCACCUUUCCCACCCAACAACGGUCAUCCUAUCACGAAAGAUUCCAACACCCAAGACAUCUCCACCAGCAACCAAAGCUUGAACAGCAAAAACUCAAAAGGUUCGUUCGUAUCCAAAAGAUCGCGCGUCGUCGCAAGCUUUCCAAACUUAAGACUCCACUUUCUCGCCUUCUUUCUAAAAAGGUUUGCAAUGCCAAAAAGCUAUCGUGGAGACAUAAACAGCCAGGUAAAUAAUACAGUAGUAUCUCUCAACAACGAGAUUCGAGCCGGAACAUUUCCAGCCCAGCACAGCUGAUCCCUUGCACGUUUCCGCCGAUGUCCCUCUGUCACGCAAGCACCGCCACCAACAGCUCCUUCUGCUACACAGGCUGUUCGAGAAUUCUGAAUCCUUCAAUCAGCAUCUCUCCUAAAUUCAACCACGCGCCUCGGAUCUUGCCCACCCUCCACGCUUCUCCCAUCUCCUUGCCGGCCACCAACGCAGACUAAUUAUUCUAUCAGACGUUCCGUAACCGACUAUCAAACCCUUCUUGUGAUAUGAUGAUCCGGCGCGUGUGGUCACUCGAAUCGGUUCAUUGACCACUGAUAUCACGCCUCUGUUUAAGCGACGAUUUGUGAUAUGAGGAUCGAGGAAUGAUUUUCGGGGUCUGAUACUUCGCCAAGGACGACGCAACGCUCCUGAGUAGGUAGUGAAGUGUUCGGGGUAAGGGGAAUGCUGACUCGCCACCACUUUUGAGUUGACUUGCAGUUGGGACGAUAAUAUCACGAUGGCUUUGGCCUUUGAGAUUCGUGUUCUUUUGGAACGUUAUUAUGCGCUCCAAGGCCCGCGGAUUUUAGAUUGGGAUGAACCUGAGGUUUCAAGCCCCAACCCAUGGCAAGUAAAGAGUCUAUUCCCACAGCAAUCAACCAGAGACCAGUUUGAAAGGGAGAUAAGAACCAUAGAAAUGAGAACGGGUUUCCAGUCAGAUUUUGGACCAGAGAAUUAAAGCUGCUCACACAUAUCCCCCGCUUCAGCACGUUUUCUUGUUGUGCAUUUUGUCCAAUCAAAUCAUGAUAGAUUGAAGUCACGUGGCAAUCUCACCCUGUGAAGCUGACAUGACGUCCCUUCCAUUUCAACAUUUAUCUCACUUGAGCAUUGUGUCUCUCGUUUUGGUAUCUUUUCGAUCACACUUCUUGUGUAGCGUCCGGGCCAAUAGUUAUACUUUUCUGUUUGGUGAAGAUGGCUGCAAAUAGCAGUUCCGUAGAUGGUUUGGUAAGCCAGGGGUUGAGCAGCAGGCACACACUCUUCCUGGCUACUGGCCUGGUAAUAGGUGUACUCAUUCGAUGGUACACAUCCAAUUCAAGCGUAGAUUCAAGAGAGCCUCCCAUAUUCCAACCCAAAGUGCCCUUCAUCGGACAUCUUCUCGGUAUCAUGCAACUCGAAGCAGAUUACCUCCAAAAGCUCUGCGAGACAAUCCAAAAACCAAUCUUCACUCUCAAGAUCUUCUCGACCAGAAUCUACAUCAUCACCUCCCCCGACCUCGUGCAAGCGGUCUAUCGCAAUGCCAAGACAUUGUCGUUCGAUCCCAUCUCAACGUCAGCAUCAAAACGCGUCUUCCAGAUGACAGACCGGCAAAUCAAACUGCUUCAAGCCAGUGUACCUGGUUCUGAGGACGGAGACGAGAAUUCUAUAGGCAAAUCAACAUCCAAACUUGCCCAUUCGGUCUUGCAACCUAGUGCGUCAUUGUUCCAAAUGAAUGCUCGAGGACUGGACAAAUUCGCUACUUUUCUUGAUGAGGUUGGGACUCAAGUCCAGGAGGUUAAUCUUUACGAGUGGUUGAAGCGGCGCUUUACCAUCGCGACUUCGGAGGCGCUGUAUGGACCUGUCAAUCCAAUAUCGGAAGAUGAGACUAUGAUGCAGAAAUUGACUGACUUCGAAUCCUCAGUCGGCCUUCUCUAUCUUGACGUUCUCCCCUCAGUAACCUGUCCCACUGGCCAUCGAGCUCGCUCAGCCUUCGCAGCAGCUUUCAAGCGCUACUACGACGGCAAGCACAACAUGAAAGCCAGCGACUUCAUCCAAGGACGAUUCUCCGUGCUCUCAGAUGCCGGUCUAAACAACGCCGACAUUGGAAGUUUCGAUAUCGGCAUCCUAAUGGCCGCAACAAUGAACUCCAACCCAGGACUCUUCUGGCUACUCUCCUACAUCUACACGAUCCCCAACCUCCUCUCCUCCAUCCGCUCAGAACUCACCUCCAUAACAACACUCACAACCUCCUCAGACAACGGCUUACGCGAAGCAACUCUCAAUAUCAGCCUCCUGCACCAGAAAUGCCCACUGUUGAUCAGCACCUGGCAAGAAACCAUGCGUGUCAAAGCCGCAAUAGUAUCGAGUCAAGUCGUGGUAGAAGAUACCCUCCUCAACUCAACAUACCUCCUCAAGAAAGGAAGCGUCAUCCAAAUGCCCUGCACCCCAAUGCACACCUCUUCAUCCAACUGGGGCGACUCAGCAGGUGAUUUCUCGCCCUCGCGAUUCCUCCCGUCAUCGAUCGAAAGUCUUAGCAAAGACGACAAGAAGAAACGCAAGCAGGCAUUUACGCCGUUUGGAGGCGGUACGGUGUUGUGUCCCGGACGGUAUUUCGCGACCUCGGAGAUUGUGGGUGUGGCGGCUAUGUUGGCGGUGGGGUUUGAGAUUGAGGGGGCGAGGAUGUUGGGUGUUAAGUUGCAGGUUAUGAGUGCGCAGGUCAAACACCCGGACGGGGAUUUGAGGGUGAGGAUUAGGAGAAGGGAGGGGUGGGAGGGUGUGAAGUUCAGGUUUGCGGGUGGGAGUGGAGAUGUGGGAGAGGAUAUGGUCUUUGGAUGAGAUGUUGGGUGGUUCAAAAGCGAGUGUGGAGGAAAGAUGCUGAUCAGGUGGUAAACUAUGGAGUUGGGAAUUUGGUGACAUGUUUGUUGUGCUGAGCUUCAAUUGAAAGGUGUAAUAGAUCAGAAACAAAUGAUCAAUGCGAAAUAUACUAGAGAAGAUAUGUUUGGCCCAUACAGAACUCUACAAUGCUAUCUAACACCAAAGCUACUUGAUUGGGAUGAGUGUUGAAAGUUAGAAAGUAGCCAAAACAACAAAACAAAUAAAUAAACCCAAACCCCAGAAACCAGUUUUCAAUGACUCAUUUUGUGCAGUAUGGAAAUCUGGAAUCUAAACGUUAAUCCAGCAGAUGAGAUACGUGCACUCAUGAAGUAUACCAAUGGAUCGUAGGCGCAGGUGGGCGCGACUCGUCCCACUUUGGUUCUCCUCUGGUUGUUGAGUUUGGGGAAGUGGGAAUUCCUGUCGCUUGCUCAAAAUCUCCAGAUUUCCUUGCUGUCGAAGAGUUUGCGACGUGCAACAAAAGUUCUGUACGCGGCCGCUAGCUCUGUGGAAUGGAAGAUUGACAGCCCGGUGUUGUGAUCGCGGUGAAUUGGGGUCGCGAGCGAAUU